AUGUGGCCGCCGCCCGCAAUCUACCCUCCUGUGCCUGUCCGUGGACUGCGCCCCGGUUAUGGCUCGCACCCGCCUCCCUCCCACGCGCCCGCUUUGCAUCCCUCACCCUCCACGCACUUCACUGUGCUUCCUUCGUCUCACCACAACCCCCACCACUCAACACUUGCCACCAACCGCGUUUCCACCGUCAUUCCCGUUCGUCCCUUUCCUGCUCCGCGUCCUGGGACCUCCUACUUUUACGCCGCCUAUCGCGCACACCGCGCAUCUGCUUUUAUUUCGGUUUCUUCCUCUUCCUCCGUGCUUGCACGCACCGCUGUUCCCUCGCGCCGUGUUGGCAAUGCUGCCAAUCUUCGCCGUGUCAAUUCUCGCCGUGCCUCGCGUGUGUUCUCGACUGCCCCAUCGCGUUUCGUUCCCGUGCGCCGCCCAACACCAACCACAACAUCUUCCGCUUCAACUGCGCCACUUGUCUCUCCUGAUCCUCCUGCUGUUUCAUCACAUCUGAUGGCAUCUACUGUGGCGCCGUCUCUGCACAUUCCACCUCAUGUGACCUCCCCUUCUUCGGGGCCACCCUCGCCCGUUCGCUCAAGCAACAUCCGCCUCACCGACCCACGCCUUGCCAAGUACGUGCACACGGAGCGCCUUGCGCGCUCCAUUUUCUUCAACCAGCUGCGCGUCGGCCUUCGUGUGUAUGUCCUGAACAAACCGCGCGACUCGUACCCGCAAGGCACCAACUUCAGCAAGCAAGGCCAGCUCGGCAUCAUCGAGAACAUCCCAGAGUACCCCGGCACGUGGCUGACAGUGCGGCUGGACGGCAAGAACACGUCUGUCAAGGUUCGCUCCUCCCGAAUCUCCAUCGCCAAUCCCGAGGACCUGCCCUCCGAUCGUGAGCUGCGACUUGCGCUCGAGCGCGCGCGCCAGAAGGCCGAGGAAGCCCGCAAGCGCCCCGCACCAUCAAGCGGCCGCAGGCGCCGCACACAGGGCGGCAACAGCGACAACGACGACGACGGUGGUGACAGCGGUGGCGACGAGGGUGGUGCUGCUGCGAACGGAGCUGCAUCUGGACGUGCGCGCGGUCGUGGUCGGCGCAGCAGCGGUGGUCGUGGCCGUGGCCGUGGCCGUGGCCGUGGCCGUGGUAGCACGAAAAAGGGGCGUGCUGCUGUCCGUCGUCGGGCGAGUGAGCGAGGCCAGGCAGCUGUGGGCGCACCGGCGUCCUCUGCUCAGGGCCAGCCUCCAGCUGCUGCCACCGCCAGCAGCAGCGCCUACCCCGCCGAUGGAAACAUGGCGAUGAUGACGCAGCAGGUGAUGAUGGCGUACCAGCCAUACACGAUGCAGCAGUUGUCGCAGGUGUACCCAGGCAUGAGCCAUCAGAUGUCGCCGUUUAUGCCUCCUGGCUGGACUGUUCCUCCUCCCCAACAGGACGAUCCGAACAUGCAUCACGCCUCGGUGCUGCCGCUGCCACAGCAGCCACAACAGCCACAGCAGGCGGCUGAGCUUCACCAGGCUCCCCAGCAUCAGGUGUCGCCACAGCACCAACGGACACCACCGCCGCCGCAUCACAUCCCGUCGCCGCCGCGUGGGGCUGUUCCCCACCCUGCAGCUGCCCAUCUCCCGCCAGUGGGCAUCUCGCCGCAGCGCCAGCAGCAGCACUCGCAACACCCCCACGUGCAAGGCUCGCCCCAGCACCACCGCCACCACCACCACCACCAGCAGCAGCAGCAGUACCAACAGCCACCACCACCGCAUCAGCCUCCUCAAGCUCAUCUUCACCAUCCCCACCAUCAUCAGCAACCGCCGCAGCAGCACACCUCGCCUCAGAUGCCACAGCCAGACAUGCACCCGCACCACGCCCCAGACAACUACGUGCCCCCAAACCCGGCCAUGCUGUCCCCACGUCGGCCCAUGCCGCAGGACACCGCUCUUCUCUAUUGCCGCGACAUUGUCAUGCCAGCCCUCAUCAACCACCGCCUCUCCUGGCCGUUCCUCAACCCCAUUCCCCAAGAACACCUGGAGCGGUUUGAGACCGCCCGCCAGCUGCAGGUUGCGUACAACACCAACACGCUGCCGAGCUUCAACUUGCUGCACAGCCGCAUCCAGAGUGGCGCGUACACCAAUGCCCUCUCCUUCAUCAACGACAUUCGAGAGCUGUUCCGCGCGUGCUAUCUCUACUUCUCUGCCGACCAGUCGUUCAUGGAGCUUGUCAUUGAGCUUGAGAUUGUGCUCGACCACUGUCUCGCCCGCGCUCCAAGGGACAUCAUGACGGCAUCGUCUGGCCCACACGAGAUGUAA